AUGGGCCAUCAUCUCCAAGUCGCAGAUGAAGAACGGCAAGAAGCUGUGGCACCGGGAGCAGAUGAGGAGCGAAGCCAAGGAGAGGAAGGAGGCAGAGGAUCUCUUGAGGAGGGAGAAGAACCUGGAGGAGGCCAAGAAGGUUGUGAUCAAGAACGACCCCAGGCUCCCGGAGCCAAAAUGUGUGAAGAUCUCUGCCCUGGAGGCUCACAGGGGCCAGCGGGUGAAGGUGUUUGGCUGGAUUCACCGCCUGAGGAGGCAGGGGAAGAACCUGAUGUUCGUUGUGCUGAGGGACGGCACUGGUUUCCUGCAGUGCGUGCUGGCGGAUGAGCUGUGCCAGUGUUACAACGGGCUGGUUCUCUCCACGGAGAGCAGCGUUGCAGUGUAUGGAACGCUGACCCUCGUUCCCAAAGGGAAGCAGGCUCCGGGUGGCCACGAGCUCAACUGUGACUACUGGGAGCUCAUAGGGCUGGCCCCAGCGGGAGGAGCCGACAACGUCCUCAACGAGGACUCGGAGGUGGACGUGCAGCUCAACAACAGGCACAUGAUGAUCCGAGGGGAGAACAUGGCCAAGAUCCUCAAGGUGCGCUCCACGGUGGUGCAGGCCUUCAGGGACCACUUCUUUGCCCAUGGCUACUACGAGGUCACGCCACCAACGCUGGUGCAGACCCAGGUGGAGGGGGGCUCCACUCUCUUCAAGCUGGAUUACUUUGGGGAAGAGGCCUUCCUGACCCAGUCCUCCCAGCUCUACCUGGAGACCUGCAUCCCGGCCCUGGGGGACGUGUUCUGCAUCGCCCAGUCCUACAGAGCCGAGCAGUCCCGCACCCGCAGGCACUUGGCAGAGUACACCCACAUCGAAGCCGAGUGCCCCUUCCUAAGCUUUGAGGAGCUCUUGGAGCGACUGGAGGACCUGGUGUGUGAUGUGGUGGACAGGGUCCUGAGGUCCCCUGCAGCUGCUUUGCUCUAUGACCUGAACCCGGGAUUCCAGCCCCCGAAGCGUCCCUUCCGACGGAUGACCUACAGCCAAGCCAUCGAGUGGCUCAAGGAGCACGACGUCAAGAAGGAGGACGGCACUCACUAUGAGUUUGGAGAGGACAUUCCCGAGGCUCCGGAGAGGCUGAUGACGGACACCAUCGCGGAGCCCAUCCUGCUGUGCCGCUUCCCUGCCGAGAUCAAGGCCUUCUACAUGCAGCGCUGCCGCGACGACCCCCGCCUCACCGAGUCCGUGGAUGUGCUGAUGCCGAACGUCGGGGAGAUCAUCGGGGGCUCCAUGCGCAUCUGGGACAGCGAGGAGCUGCUGGGGGGGUACAAGAGGGAGGGCAUCGACCCCGGCCCGUACUACUGGUACACGGAUCAGAGGAAGUACGGGACCUGCCCCCACGGCGGCUACGGCCUGGGCCUGGAGCGCUUCCUCACCUGGAUCCUCAACCGGCACCACAUCAGGGAUGUGUGUCUGUACCCCCGCUUCGUCCAGCGCUGCAAACCCUAG